AUGGCAGUUCUUGAUAUUCGACUUGGAAAGCACGGCGAAUAUCAGACUAAGCAUGUCAAGAUCAGACAUCAAAAUGUUCGGCCGUUCAUAUACGAGGAGUGUAACCUUAGUCUCCAAGAUCCGAAACCUAAACAGAAUGAGGAGGGUGUGAAGGCGUUUCUGGUUGAAAAGGUACCUGGUUUGUCCAAGCUUGCCAACGAGUUCUGGCGCAAAUCAAAAAGACUGAAGCAAGAAGAAACGUCUUCCCAAAGACAAAAUCGACCCGUGGAGAUCCUUGAGGGAGUAGACAUGAAUACGCUCAUCGAAGAAGAAUUGGAGAAUAUGGAAAAGUCAAAAAAAUCCGGAUUGCAGCUUCUCUCAAGAAAUGAGAUAUUAAAUGCUGUGAAGGAGUUUGUCGAUAAAGAUGAAAACAAGUCGAUAGGAGGCAUGGUUGCUUCGACAAUGAAAGAGUUGGAAGAAUUAGUUGGGAAUGCCGAAACCUACAAAGCUUUCGAAGACGAAAAUGAUUGCUUAGAAAAGCUGAAACCAUUCUUGGAGCAAAGGCAAUCAAAGAAGCAGUCGAUGGGUCAUGUGAUAAUUAUUCAGACUUACACUACCGUGAAAUCGUCAGAACAGAUGGACUGUGAGGAUCAUCAGAAUGCUUCUGAUCCAGACUUCCCCGAACAAGCGCGUGGCAAGCGCAAAGCUAGAUCAACAAGGGACGAUGACUCGUCCGACUCCAACAAGGUAGAGUCUCCAGUCGACGACCAAGAGCAAUAUGUAUCCUAUGGCGCCAAAGAAAAGAAACCCAAACCACCCUCUCAGAACCGAAAGCCAGCGUCUUUUGGGAAGUCUGCACUUGACGGAGGGGUUUCUGGAGAGGAAGAAGAUGUCAAAACCACCCAAAGGUCGGCACAGAAGGGUGAACCAACCACAGGCAAAAGGAAACCAGCUGCAAACGAUACGACGGGAGACGGUCGCAAAACCAAAGCAGGUCGAUGGGGAAGCAUGAAGUAA